AUGGCGACUUCACCCACGGCACUGCAGUGGCUGAGCCUUGUGGGGGUCAUCUGGCUGCAGCUGGCCAAUGGGGCGAGCUCCAACUUCCCCGACUACUCCUCCAACCUCAAGCAGGUUCUCUCCAUAUCCCAGAUGCAGCUCAACGCCCUCGCCUUCGCUUCGGACUCCGGGAAGCUACUCGCCUGGGUCUCAGGCGUGGCGGUGGUCUACCUUCCUCUGUGGGCGGUGCUCCUCGUCGGCGCGGCUCUUGGGCUGGUGGGGUACGGGGUGCAGUUCCUCCUCGUGGGCGAGGCCCUCGCCUCCGUGUCGUACUGGCAGGUGUUCCUGCUGAGCGCCACGGCGGGUAACGCCGCCUGCUGGAUCAACACAGCCUGCUACGAGGUGUGCCUGAGGAACUUCAGGUCCAAGGCCCGAGUCGCCAUAGGGCUCUCCACAAGCUACUUCGGACUGAGCGCAGUGGCGUACACGGUCCUGGCCGACGCCUUUAUCCAACCGCUCCCCCACCAGAAGGCGAAGGCGUACCUCCUCCUCAAUGCGGUGGUACCGGUUGCGACCACGUUGUUGGUCCUGCCUAUCGCAAGGGUCGUCUUAUCGGAAGACAAGCAGCGGUCUGACGGUGGGUUCAUCUUGGUCUUCGUCAUAGCCAUGGCGAGCGGGGCGUGCGGAGUUUUCGGCAGCUUAUGGUCUAUGUCGACGUGGGUCAUGUUGAGCUUCGGGUGCCUUCUGGCGGCUCUGCUGGUCUUGCCGGCGGCGGCAAAAGUACGGGAGGUGGUGGAGCAGAGACGGCUCCGGAGUGGGGGGGCCAGAGUUCACGACGAGGCCGUGGAAGCGACAACACCGGCGGAGGCAGUGAAGGUGGAGGAGGGGUUGGCGGCUCCAGGAGGAUGGGAGGAGGCCGGAGAGGACAGGCAGGUCGCGGCGAGCGCCAUGGUGAGGACGCCGGAGUUCUGGCUGUACUUCUUCGGUUACUUGUUUGGGGGGACGGUGGGGCUGGUCUACCUUAACAACCUGGGCCAGAUUGUGGAGUCCCGCGGGCACUCCAAAACCUCUGCUGUGGUCUCUCUGGCAUUCGCCUUCGGGUUCUUCGGCCGCUGCAUGGUCUCCCUCGUGGACUUCGUCUGCAUAAGGUAAGGCCUUCGCCGUCCUGCUCCUCAAGCCGCCGCCGCGUCUCCCUUCCCUUCUCUGAGCAUGUCUUCUUCCGACGCUAUGUCCAGGUACGUGUACGAGGUGCCGAGGCCCGCUCUCAUCGCCGCUCUGACGGCGCCCAUGGCCGGAUCCUUCUUCUUGUUACUAAACUCCGGGAACGCGUGCCUCUACGCCGGAAACGUUGUGAUAGGGACCUGCACGGGGGCCAUCACCUCCGCCGCCGCCUCCGCAACCACGGAGCUCUUCGGGACUAAGUUCUUCGGCAUCAACCACAACAUCGUCGUCUCCAACAUCCCCAUAGGAUCGUUCCUCUUCGGCUUCUUAGCGGCCUUCGUGUACCAGAGAGGCGAGAACGGACGGGGGGUUUGCAUGGGAGCCCAGUGCUACGAGAGGACGUUCCUCGUCUGGGGCUGCCUCUGCGCUGUUUCCACACUACUCUUCGUCGUCCUCCACAUCCGAACGCGGAAGACUCGAUCUGUGGUUAGUGCGUGA